AUGAAUCCUCUGCUGCGGACGAUCGUCUGCCCCUCCGCCAGGGUGGUACGCGCGAAUAGCACCAUCCCCUCGAAAACGACGAAAACCGGGCCUCUAGCGGGUAUAAAAAUCCUCGAUCUCACGCGCGUCCUAGCUGGCCCCUUCUGCACACAAAUCCUAGCCGACUACGGCGCGGACGUAAUCAAAGUCGAGAAUCCGAAAGGUGGCGACGACACCCGCCUCUGGCGCGAAUCCGGCGAAGACGCAAUCUGGAAGCCCGACGAGGCCGGCACAAAGACAUCGCUGUACUUCAACACGAUAAACCGGAACAAGCGCUCGAUCGCGCUCGAUCUGAAGAGUGAGGCUGGGAAGAAGGUCGUGCUGCAGUUGGCGAGGGGGGCUGAUGUUGUGGUUGAGAAUUUUAUCCCGGGAAAACUGGAUAAACUCGGUUUGGGAUAUGAGACGCUCAAGGCUGUGAAUCCCCAGCUUAUUUUGGCGAGUAUCUCUGGCUACGGCGCCUCUGGCCCCUACGCGCACCGCGCAGGCUACGACGUAAUCGGCGCAGCCGAAGGCGGCCUGCUACACAUUACCGGCGAGCCCGACGGGCGCCCAACGAAGCCCGGCGUAGGCCUGAUGGACAUGUGUACGGGGCUCUACUUACACGGGGCAAUCGUUUCCGCCCUCCUCGCGAGGGAACGUACAGGGGAGGGCCAAAAACUCGACACGUCGCUGUUCGAAACCACGAUCUCGAUUCUGAGCAAUGUCGGCAUGUCCUGGUUGAAUCUGGGUCGGGAGGCGAAGCGGUGGGGCACGGGGCAUCCGACGAUUGUCCCCUAUGAGGCGUUUCGGACGGCGGAUUCGUGGUUUGUCAUGGGGGCGGUUAAUGAUCGGCAGUUUGGGGUUCUUUGUGGACUUUUGGGGGUGGAGGAGUUGGUUAGCGAUGAGAGGUUUAGGGGGAAUGAUGAGCGCGUGCGGAAUCGGGGGGUGUUGAGGGAGAUUCUAGAGGGGGUGAUGGUUACGAGAACGACGGGGGACUGGGAAACGGUCUUUGAGGGGAGUGGGAUGCCGUAUGGGCCCAUUAAUAACCUCGAGCAGGUGUUUGGGCAUCCGCAGGCGUUGGCUAGGGGGAUGGUUGAGACCGUUGCUUCGGGGGCUGCCGUGAGUGGGGAGGUUAAGGUCCUUGGGAUCCCGGUCAAGUUCAGCGGAACGAAACCCUCAAUUCGUGAGGGUCCGCCAGCUCUGGGGCAACAUACCGAGGAGGUACUCAAGGAGCUGGGCCUAUCAGCCGAAGACGUCUCUAAGCUCCGAAAGGACAAAGUGAUUUAG